AUGCAGGAGCACCGUCUCGCGCUGGGGCCGUCGUCUUGCCCCCAGGGAGCCCUGAUUGUGCGAAGUUGCUGUUCGCGAGCCUGCGCGGGCGUGCGGGCCCGUUUCUUCGCCGCACGGACGGCCCCAUUCUCUCGUCUCUCCACUCGCCAGCGUCUUGUGAAGAGCUCCCCAAAGCCUCCGAGCCAGCCUUCCAAUCUUCCUCUCCGGAGGCUGACGUCGAGGAUUGCCGAACUCACCCGCAGGAGGCAGCUGCAUCAGGUUAGUUUUCCUCCCGUUCGGCCAUGCUUGUCGCUGUCACGUCCGUCGUCCGACUUUAAUGGUUCUGUAAGGGAAGUGGUUUAUUUUGGCAGAUUUUCGAGGAAGUGAAGGUGGCGAAGAAACGACACGGCAAGCUGAACACGAUCGUGAUGAACGCGGUUAUGGAAGCCUGCGUUCACUGUGGGAAUGUGGACGCGGCCUUAGGGCUCUUUGCGGAGAUGGCCAAACCAGAUGGCUGCGGGGUGGAUAACAUCACCUUUGCAACGUUGCUCAAGGUAUUUUUGGGAUCGGAAUGUAGUUUCCUCGGCGCCUCUCUUCUUUUCCUUCUUAACGAGGAAUUGUUUAUUGAUGAGCACGGGGUCAGAAUCGCCGAUGCUAAUUUUUUUCAAUUUCUUGGUUAGGGUUUGGGCAAAGCAGGGAGAAUUGACGAAGCGUUUCAAAUACUUGAAUCUAUAGAGCGGGGUACUGCUUCAGGGAGGCCAAAGUUGUCCUCACAUCUUAUCUAUGGCCUGCUGAAUGCUUUGCUUGAAUCAGGUUGGUUCAAAGAAUAUAUGUUAUCAUUUCCCAUUCUCAGGACUGAAACCAUUCAUCUUAAUGUGUUCUUGCUUUAAUCAUGAAAGUUGACUUUUAAUCCUCUGAAUACAAUAGUGGUUCUAUUCUUUUUUUUGGAGAAUGGUGAUGCUUUGCCAUCGAUACCCCAUAUAGUUUUAUUUCUCAGGCCAUAUCGUUUCAUGUGAUUGAACUCAAAGAAAGUAAACCUCAAGAAUGGAUUUAACCAAUUUUCGAUCACUCACCUUCUCAGAGUAAAUCGACUAUGGACCCAUCAAGGUUUUUCUUUGACAAGAACAUAAAAAACUUGGCCUGCUUGCAUUGCCUCAGGGUGACUGGAGGAACUCAUCCAGAUAUAAAUAAAAUCUGCAAAAACAGGAGGAUACACAACAAAGUUCUAUAGCGAUCAAAAUAAUCUACGCAAGAUUCGUACCCUCUGAUAAACAUAUCUGCUUUUUUUUUGGAAGCUCCUUGAUUUUUGUUUGAACAUAUGCACAUAAACUUUAAUUUGUGACAUAAUAGGAAAACCCCACCUACUUCUAUGGCGAGACCUCAUAUAAUUCAUGGACCUUCUUCAGCCUGAGGUCACUCUCUUGCAUGCCCACAAAGCUUAGCACAAUGUUCUCCAUCUUAUUGUUUAUAGAUAAAAAAUGGAAAGCUCAAAUCAAGAAAUAUUCUUUGCCUUCGUAAAAUUUGGUUGCUUGUGUUUGCUCUCCUCUCCUCUACUUAGCAAAAUGUUCUCUUUCUUUACGUUAUCCUGUGAAACUUUUACCGUUUCAUUAAGUCACUAAUGGAUCAACGUAGGCUGCUAUUCGUAUUUUAAUUGUUCAGGAAGCCACAAACGAAUCUAUACAAGUAGGUCAAACAGUUUGGAUUUGCAACAUUUAGCCAGGGGCAUAUAUUUUUGAACGACGACAUUCUGUCCAAACCAAAUGUGGAUGCACUCUGGCUGGGUUCACCUACCAGAUGCCUUCUUUUUAUUCCGACUGUUCUGUAAUGCUAAGUUUCACUGUUUAGUGCAGGGGAUAUGCGUCGUGCCAAUGGUCUUCUUGCACGUUACAGAGUUGUCCUCCGUGAAGAGGGUCACUCAAUAUUCUUGUACAACUUAUUAAUUAAGGUUUAAUAUCUCUCACCUCAUAUUAACCACAGCAAGCAUUUCUGUUUUCCUUGUUCCCUGUUCUGUGGUGCGUCUUCUGGUAUAUAACUCGUCAGAUUGCAGUAGCGAUCAUGGAUUAUUUACAGCUUCAUCAAUGGUGAUCUUUCAAAUAAUUUUUUUCUCAGGGUUACACAAACACCGACUUUCCUCUCGGAGCAUUGGCUGUACGUGAUGAGAUAUUGCGUCAAGGGUUGAAGCCUGACAAGCUAACCUACAACACACUUAUACUUUCGUGCGUCAAGUCCAGAAGAAUGGACGUGGCAAUGGGAUUGCUGGCGGAAAUGAAGGUCAAGAAAAUGCUUUCCUUAGAAAUAUACCCGUUUAACCGUAUAAUUUGUGCUUUGAAGAAAGAAAUUCUGUGGAAAUAGUUUGUGAAUCGAUGGUCUUGAGUUCUUUCAGGAAGAAGGAGAGAAAGCUAAUAAUACGGAUCUCUUUCCAGACACAGUCACUUACACCACAUUGCUUCAGGUAUACUCUGUCAUGAAUUUGAGGACUUUUCCUCUUCUCAUAUGUAUCAUUGUUGUUAGCGAAUUUGAGGACUUUGAAGAAAGAAAAUGGCUCAGUAGGGAUAGAACGUAAGAGAACUGCAGACCUGGAUAAUAAUAUCUCUCAAUCCAUUUUUCUGGGUUUGAUCCUGAUAUAUGUGGUUGUCUAUUUAACAAGUAGAAUUUCAUAUUCGAUAUCACGGUUUAGUUGCUUCACUGAAUCCUAAUUUUUAGCUUAACGUUUUUUAGGGCUUUGGGAGCAUGAAGGACCUACUUUCAGUUCAGGAAAUUGUGAUGGAAAUGAAGUCGUCACCUAAAGUUGUCUUUGAUAGAGUUGCAUACACUGCAAUUGUUGAUGCUUUCUUGGGUUGCGGAUCAACAAAGGGUGUGCUUUCUGAUAUUUUCUUAAUCUUACUGUGGUGCUUUUGUUAUUUACAGUCCCAUUUGAUGUCCAUUCAUUUUCGGCAGUUUCGUGCGUAACGUCAUAUGAAAAGUCACGGAGAUCAGAUGUAGAAUCAUUUUCUUCAUAGAAUUUCAUAAAUUUAUGAGAUUCCCUUGUUUAUCCUGACUUGUUUAUGUAUCUUGGUAUAAGAUAUUAUUUAUGGCCAUCUCUUUUCUGAGAGAGCCCGUAAUGGGUUAAGUCGCAUCAAAGAGAUGGCCUUCAGUUUAAAGUUUAGAUCAAGAAAACCUUGAUAUGUAUGGAAUUACCCUGGUGUUGUGUGGGUUUUUUUUUCCUGCAAACUUGGCACAUAGAUUUGCGUCCUCAACAAUGUGAAAAGUUUCAUGCGCUUGCAUUGAGAAUUAAAACAGGUUCUUCCAAUGUUAAUCUUUGCCGUUUAUGGGCUUUUGGCUAAUUGAAGCGUAUGCUAUAAUUCUUCAUGAAAGAAGAUUUCAUAGUUGUAAUUUUUAAAAUAGAUUGUGGGGGCAUGUUGUCAAGGUGUAAAACGUUUAUUAUCAGAGUAUAUUAAACUCAGAACUGUAGGGAUUGUAAAAGUUAUGUUGGACAAUUUUCUAUAUGUUUCAUGAUUCCACAGAAUUCAACAAAAAUACCUAGAAUAUUGAGAUCUCGAGAACUUUCAAAUCCAGUGGAGCAUCAAACUCAGCCCUUCCUGCCCAUUUUUCCUCGGAAAAUACAGGAAUUGUCACAAGUUCCUGAUCUGUCCAAUUAUUAUUUUUUCGCUUUAAAACUCAUCUCUUGUGCGUUAACUGUUGAAUUUCUCAUUAUUUUCUUCUUGAUGUGCCCUUAUCCAUUAUUAGAAUAUUUUUCAAUACUAGCUGCUUAUGCCAGAUUGUUUUCUGUCCCCAUAGAUGCCCUGUGCAUAUUCGGGGAAAUUCUCAAGCUGGCCGGAGAGAACGCAGGCCUGAGGCCAAAGCCGCACCUCUUCCUCUCUAUGAUGCGCGAAUUUGCAGCGGAAGGGGAUUUCCACAUGGUCCAAGGCUUACGUGGUCGCAUGUGGUCAGACUCAGUUGGGUUCAUCUCUCCUGUUGCCCAGGGAGAAGCUGAUGAGCUUCUAAUGGAAGCAGCGAUGAACAGCCACCGGGUACCAGUUUUUCUUCCAGAACCUCCGGCCUAUCACUGGUUCAUAAAAAAAAUUCAAUAUAUAUAUAUAUAUAUAUAUAUAUCAGUCCAUACAGUUUCCUUGAUUCAUCGUCGUCCCUGCCCUGAGAGCCAAUUCUUAAACAAUAUCAAGAGAAUACCCACAAAUAUAGUGUCGUACACUUGUUCUUCAUGCAUGCCAAUCCCUCCUUAUUUAUUCAUAUAUCUGUAUGAUUGACACCCGCCGCUUUCUCCUUUGCAUGGCAUUUUAUUUCCCUUGAUGAAUCCCAGAUCAAUUCCUUGUUCAGGUUGAUAUCGCCAGGCAGAUUCUCUCAAGCAUUCUCAGGAGGGGGAAGUGGAGCUCUUGGACCAGCAGGGGAGGCAUGGUACAGAAAUGGAGACCUUCCUUGAUACGUCUGCUUAUCCAGAAGCAGAGAAACAAAAGCUGAAACGAUCUGCUCCUUCUGGUCUGCAGGUUGCUCUUCGCCUCGAGGCCCUGUCCGGCUUCACGGGUUCUCUGUUCAACCCCUGCAUCCUCGCCGAGGUUCGUCAGUCUCAUCUUCCUCGGUCUUCUUCUUCUUGGAAAGCCCGACCGAUUUCCCGACGAUCCGCAGGUUUCGCUGGACGAUCCCAUCGAGAAGUACAUGACCCCGUUCGAGGAAGCGAACCCUCUGCGCACCGGCUUGAUCUUGAAGAAGGUCGCCAUGCGUUUCUACAGAGACGCCGCCGUCCCCAUCGUCGACGACUGGGGCACCUGCGUGGGGAUCGUCCACAGGGAAGACUGCCGCGAGGUACCCACCUACCGUCUUCGUCUUCCUCUCCCUCCGACGAGAUUCGAUCGGCGUGGUUUCUCAGCGCUUGGCGGCGAUGGUACAGAUCGAUGCGCCGCUCUCGGCGGCGAUGAGGGCGCCGCCGCCGUGCGUGACCACGUCGACGUCCACCGGGCGAGUCAUCGAGCUCCUCAUCCAGAAGAGGUACGAGAUGGUCGUCGUCGUGAGGUCCGGCAGCAUCUUCGACGCCGGCCACAGCGCUGGCUCGAGGCCAGUAGGCGUCUUCACCCGCCGCCAGCUGCUCCGGUCGACGGCGGAGGAACAGGUACCGCCACAUCCUGUAUGCAGAAUCUUCGGGUAUUCCUGA